UAUAGUAACUGGUGGAGUCAUCAUGGACGACACAUGUACAGCUGGCCAGGAAAACGGAUCGGCGGUCUUCGACAGGGAUUCUUUGAUGAGAGAUCUCGAGGAGAAGGGCUACACAGUUGUUCCUGGUGUCCUGUCCCCAGACACGUGCGACGAUCUGGUUGACCAGAUAAGACAAUGGCUAGACAAAUUUGUUGAAGAUUCGCCGAUAGACAAGCAUAACUCCCUCACGCAACAGUACAGAGUUUCAGCUUCCCCUGUGGCCUGGGAAGCUCGCCUCAAGGCCAAACCUGUGUUCGCCACAGUAUGGGGCACGGAGAAACUUCUAUCGAGCAUGGACGGAAUGGCCAUCGGAGAACCCCCGGAACUCGGAAAUACUAGAUUCAACAAUCAAGGUGAAACUUGGUUUCAUUUCGACCAGGGAAGUUGGCGAAUAGGAUUGCAUGCGUUCCAAGGGGCGAUGUACUUGGAAGAAACAACAGAAGAGGAUUACUGCUUCCGGGUUAUCGAGGGGUCAUGCAAAGUUCAUAAGGAAUUCCUCGACACUUUCCAAGAGGCUAAAGAAGAUUGCGCUGGUGAAGAUUUUUAUAUUUUAAAACCAGAGUAUAUCGAAUGGUACAAAAAUAAAGGUCUAAAAGAGAAAAAGGUCCCAGUCCCCAAAGGUGGUAUGGUUCUUUGGGAUUCUAGAACAGUCCACGAUAACGUCAAACCGGAACAGAAUCGCCUACAUUCUGAUAGAUGGCGAUUUGUCACCUUCGUCUGUAUGACUCCGGCAAGAUGGGCAAGAAAGAAAGAUUUGGAGCUGAAGAAGGAAGCAUUCGAGAAGAUGGUAGCCACUGCUCAUUGGCCAUCACAAGGAGUAUGGCUGUUCCCGAGCACUUCCGAAUGCAGCAAGACAAAACAUAAAAGUCUUAUCGAAAUGGUUGAUGAAAUACCGGAAAUCGCUAAAACCAGGGAAGUCCGACUCCUUGUAGGCUUGGACGAAUACGAUUUCGAGGAUGGACAACCCAAUGACCUUGGCUGGCUACCGGAGUGGUCAGAAAGUGCUAAGCUACAGGUCAAGAGCAGUCCGGCCUUCAGUUAGGACAAGAACUGUCAAAAUGACUUUGCCAAGAUUAACCAACCCCAUUUAUGCAACAUUUAGCUUGAACAAUUCCGAAUGAAUACAAUUGAAAUUGUAAGCGUAUAAACAAAUACUAAAACGUGUAGGUCGAGGAGGUGCUCAUUGCAUUACCAUAAAACAACUUGAUUGUUCACGAACACUUUUUAGUUAUCAAGUAAUCAAAUGAUUCAGUACACCUCUGCUUGAAAAAUGAAAUUAAUUUGAUUUUACAGACGGAAACAUUAUUUUGGUCCAAUGAACUCUUAUGAUUAAAUCAAAUUUUGUUGAAAUUUUACAUUAAUGUAAAGGAGAAAAACAAACAAACAAACAGGAGGAU